AUGUCCUCUCAAAAGUUGAAAGACGGGGAGUUACAGCAAGCCUUGCACGUGGAAGCUGCUACCGGUACAAUCACAAAUGGGAUGAAAGAAAGUGACCGUCGUCCGGAAGCCCAAGGAAAAGAUCAAAAUCAGUUGCCGGUCGGAUAUUUCUACAGUCCGUACUUUAUUGGAAGCUACUGUGCCAUAGGACUAGCAUUUGCCUGUGGAACAGGAGGAUUUGCCUUGGUGGCACCAAUAUUAAAUGACAUUAGUCGUGAUCUAGGAGAGUAUGGAUCCAGCAAUGUCAAUUGGGUCGGCAUCGUAUAUUCGCUAGCUCAGGCCGUUGUCCUUAUGCUCGCUGGGCGAUUAAGCGACAUAUUUGGUCGUCGCUGGUUUUUUAUUAUCGGUUCCUGCAUCGGGCUGAUUGGAAGCAUCGUCGGUGGCACGUCGGGCUCACUCGAGCAGCUCAUUGCGGGGGAAACGUUGAUUGGGAUCGCAGCUGGAUUUCAGUGCUCUUUCUUUUGGGUUGUGGCCGAAAUCGUUCCUAUGAAAAGACGGUUUAUUGCCAAUGCUGGACUGUUUCUCUGGACUUUACCAACAAAUACCCUUGGCCCCAAGAUUGCUGCCACUAUUCAGAACAAUACAUCUGUGAAAUGGCGUGGGUGUUUCUACUACUUAACCGCUAUGAACGCACUAUCAGUGCUACUAUGGUUCUUCUUUUACCACCCACCCACAUUUCACAUGUUGCACCGAACGAAAAAGGCGAAACACUUGAUUAUGGACUUCGACUUCAUUGGUCUCGUUCUCUUUUCAGCUGGGAUGAUUCUUCUACUGAUGGGUCUCAACUGGGGCGGUUCCUUGUACCCAUGGAAGAGUGGAUAUGUUCUUGGAACCCUGCUGUCGGGUUUCGUCACUCUCGCCAUUUGCGUGCUAUAUGAGCUAUUUAUGCCACUAGAAGAACCAUAUCUGCCGCUGGACCUUUUCAGAAACAUCAAAUAUACCUCUUGUGUUAUAUGGUGUGCAAUUGCAGCAAUGACCUUUUAUGCAUUCGGGAUCAUUUGGCCCAAGGCCGUGCCUGUUCUGUACCCCAAUCUCAGUCAAAACGACACUGCAACCAUAUCUGCUCUAGUCACCAUGUCAUUUGUCCUGGGUCAAAUGUCAGGUCCGUUCUGCGCCAAUUGGCUACCAGCCAAGUCACUGGUAAUCGUGGGGUCAUUCAUUGGGACUGGCCUGUUAGCAGCCGUGGCAGCAAUGCCUUUAAACAUGGACCUUACCGUGGGCCUACUCGUUACUGGCAAUCUGAUUAUCGGCAUGGCUGAUGGGAUUGCAUUACCGAUGACAACAUUCCCAAUCAAAAGCCAGGAACGGUUGGGGACUGCCGGUGGGCUCAGUGGAUGCAUUCGUCUAGCAGGUACAUCGAUUGCAGUCGCCAUGUACAGCACUAUAUUAAACAAUCGACUCAGUCAGACUGUUCCUGCCGCCGUCAAGACGGCUGCUUUGUCUGCCGGUAUCCCGGAGUCCUCAGUGCCACAAUUGGUUGCGGCCCUGAAUGAUGGCUAUUCGUUCCUUCGCAACGUCACUGAUAUCAGCGGCUUGAAUUCUAGUACUAUCCCGUUGAUUGAUGUUGCAUACCAAAGGGGCAGUGCGCAGGCUUAUAGUACUGUUUUCCUUUCUACGCUAGGCUUCGGAGGGCUCGCGCUCAUUUUGUGCCUUUUCAUUGGAGGUGUAGACGAAAGUGAUGGGGAGUAUGUAGCGGCAGUAAUUCAAAAUGCGAAUCAGCUAGCGCCGGUGAACUCAGAUGUGGAAAAGAGUCAGCAUGAGACUUAA